AAAAAAGUGUGUGGUUAGUGGGCCUUUGGCCCACUUUCGACCAAAAAUGGUAAUAAGAAAGGAAAAAAAGAGGAUCUGCCAAGUAAAACCAGAGAGUGUGUGGUUAGUGGGCCUUUAGCCCAUUUUCGACCAAAAAAUGCUCAUAAGAAGAAAAUGAUAAAAUUGAUAUAAAAACAAAAGGAAAAGAAAAAUAAUAGGAUAAAGAUGAUCAGCACAGCAAGUGGGUUCCGGAUCCUUCUGAAGUAAGUAUAGCCAUCCCCUAUAAAUAGGAACUUUUUUUACUUUUCCAAGGGGCACAAAAAAAAGAUUGAAUACACAAAACAUAGUUAAUAAAUAUAAGCAUGGUCUAAUGAAAGAAAAACAGGGAGGAGCGUGAUGGGUAUGGAGCUGUGGGUAGUGUUUGUGGCUUUUGUCAAGCCUUUGUAAUGGAAGAGAAUCAUGGAGGAUCAAGGUCCGUGUUGUUAGGAUGUGGGAGAUGUGCCCAAUUUCUGAGCCAGGGAAGCCCUUUGCUGUCCAGAUGGUGUUAAUUGAUGCUGAGGGCCAGAGAAUUGAGGCCACUAUCAGGAAAUUGCUCAUAAAGAAGUUGUUUGGUGAGAUUGUUGAAGGAAACAUAUACAGGAUAACCUAUUUUGCUGUGGUUCCUAAUCUUGGAGUUUACAAGGCUGCUCGACAUGAAUUCAAGAUCAUCUUUAAUAGCAGGACAAAGAUAGUGCCUGAAGAAUCCAAUCUCAUUCCUUUGUAUGGAUUUGCCUUUAUGAACUCAGCUGAAAUUUCUGACACCAUGGGUGAAUCUGAACAUCUCAUUGAUGUGAUAGGAUUGGUUACUGCAGUUUCCCGUGAGAAACAAUAUACCAAAGGUGCAAAUAUUACAAGGAUGAUUGAGCUCCAGCUGACUGAUCAUAGGGGAAGUGUCCAAUGUACCUUUUUUGGAAGCUAUGUUGAUGUUAUUACUCAUCAUGUUCGAGAGAAUGGACAAGCUAUGCCGGUGGUUGUUAUCCAGUUUGCUAAGAUCAAGACUUUCAAAGGAAAUGUUGUGAUUCAGAAUGUUAUGCAUGCUACAAGGAUUAUGUGGAAUCAUGAAAUUCCAGAGGUUGUUGAUUUCCGCAACAGCAUUGCUCUCCAUGGGAUUGAUCCUGAUCUUCCCCUCACUGAGAUUGAGGAUGAUGUGCGCGUCUUAACAAUUGAAGAAGAAUUUCUUACAUUGUUCCCUAGGAAAAAAAUCCAAGAAGUGCAUGAAACUGCUGAGGCUGGGGUGUUUGUGGUGUAUGCUAAGAUUGCUGGACUGGUUGAUGGUGAGAAAUGGUGGUAUUCAGCAUGUCGCUGCCACCGUUCUGUGUCUGUUGAAGAUGGCACAUACUAUUGCCCUGGAUGUGACAGCAAUGUGCUUGAAGUUACUCCACGUUUUAGGGUCAAGGUAGAGGUGUCUGAUGGAGAAGAGGAUGCAAGUUUUGUCAUGUUUGACACUGACUGCCAGAAUGUGCUCACGAAAACAUGCAAGGAGUUAGUUAUUGGUUCAAAGGUAAAAAGUAAUUCUGAGUUGCCUCAAGUCCUGAAGACACUGAUUGGGAAAGAGUUCCUCUUCAAAAUUGAGAAAUCAGCUGAUCAUGGUGCUAAGUAUGAUGAUUCCUACAAGGUUAAGAAAGUAUGUGCUGAUCAGAAUGUGAUUGAUCUGUUCAAGGAUGCUGACAAAGUUAACACUCCCCAAAGGUCAAUCAAGGUGUCCAAGUUCCCCAAUUUGGAAGAUGGAGAAAGUAGCAACACUUCUCCUGGUAUGGGUGGAAUCUAUUCUGGAAACAAAUUUGAGAUUGAUGCUGCUGUGAAGUCACUUGAGGACAUAUCUCCUUUAGGGAGUUUUGCUUCUCCAUCCUUUGUUGAAGCCGAUGAUGGUGGUGCUUCCUGCCCCAAACCUGCCAAGAAACUAAAGAUGAAGUGUGUGAAAAUAGAGAAGGAGUAGUCAUGAAUGGUAGAACUUUGCCUCGACUUGCUGGGGUUUAAAUAAUGUAGUUGGUUGUUUCAAUGAUGUUACAUUCUUACCAAUGUAUCACAUUGUUCGUUUGUUUCUUUCUUUCCUUUUAUGUUAGUGAACUGCAUUGUGGUGAAGGUCUUUAGGUACUACUGUAAUUUGUGUAGUGUAUUUUGUGUAGUGUAUGUUUACUAAAAACUGAGAUGUGUUUACUCAGGUAUGUCUAGGAGCGUGUGCUAACUAGCUCCAUUAUAUGUAUUAGUGUCUACUAAGCUAUCUCCAGUAGGUAGAAUGUGUACUCCAUGUGCCUUAGAAUGAAACUAUUGCUGCAUGUA